ACUGCAUCAGCUAUAUAUGGUUGAAGUGACAGUAAAGCUUCUUUGACUUGACUUUGACUUUGACUUUGGUUACGAGAAAGGUAAUAUCUAAAUCAUACUGCAGUUUUACCUUUUUUAUCUUUUGUCCACACAGAUUCCCAACUGUGUUCCUGGAGAAAUCCAGGACAUAAUGUUUUUCCUGCUUUAAUGCUCUCACUUUAAUACCCCAAGAAUAAAGAACCUGUGUUUUAGUCAGUAGUCCAGAGUUGCCCAUGCUGUCUGUAAAGAGUGAUUUAAAUCAGUAUGGACUCAAACUCUCACCUCAAUCUAUUCACUUCUAUUCCCACAAGCUCUUUCUACAAAAGUGAAAGGAUACUUCAUUAAUAAAAAAUAACUGGGAGAGUAUAGAGCCUCACCCUGUACAUCAGAAUGUUGUUAUAUGAGGCAGAAUAAUUAUUUAACAUAAUCAAGCUCACACUACCACAUCUGAAAAAAGUAUUUAUGAGUAAUCUACAAUCAGAAAAGGCUACAAGGAUAAAAAUAAAACACAUCAGGCUUCUCCUAAGCACCCUGGUUUUCUGAAAGCUAAUGUACUAAUGUACUAGAGCCCUUGUUCAGCAGCAGGCAUGGGCUGGAAGAACUAUGAGUAGAGAGCAUGUUGUUUUGUCUGUCAGCAUGCUAUACUGCUGCUAAUCCUCCACACUGCAUGGCUGAUGUUUUAGUAAUGUUAUAGUAAGGUGCUAGCAGACAAUAGUGAAACAGAUUGUUGUCAGCCAAUCUGAUUGUUACCAUGGCAACAUGCCCAGCUCCAGCUAGCUGUGGCAGAGCAAGAAUCAACAAAAUAUUCAAUAUUACUAACUACCAAUGAGUGCUGGUUAAUUGUUCAGUAUGUACUUAUGAACUAAUUAUUGGUUUUAUUACUGUUGACUAUUAACAUUAACAUAACCCUGCUUAGUCCCUGCAUACUCAUGUGCUAUCUAAGAAACUGUGAUUUAAAUGACUACAUCCGUUUACUGUUAGUGUGCAUAUAUUAUUUACUUGGUUACAACAAUUGUGUUAAAAAAGUGUUGGUUAUACAAACACGUCAGUCAUAGUACAUUAUAUUACUUACUGACAAAUUAAUUUAUUUUAGUUAGUUAGUUUGUUUAUAUGUUUUGUAAACAAAUGUAUAUAUUUUUUCCUCAGAACUUCAAAAAUACAAGCAAAAUGCAGGUAACAAUGAACUUUUUUUUUUUAUAAAUCAUACUGAUUAAAUAACUAAAAUAAAUAUCACUGAAAAUAAAAUAUCAAUAUCAAUAAAUAUCAAUAAUAAAUAUCAAUAUCAAAAAAACAAUAUCACUGAUCAAACGUAAUCACAAAUGAAGCUGUAAGGUUAUUAGAUUGUUUGAGCUUCUUGGACUUAGAGACACAAUUUAAUAAGAAGAUGCAGAUCAGGACAGAGGGCAGAAUUUCAGCUCCUUCUCAUGUUUAUUUUAAUGAAUGCUAGCAAAUUCAGUAAACCGGAAGUAAACAGGAAAUAGAUUUAUUGAGUGAAUUCAACCUACAUUUUCAAUAUUUGAAUUUCAGAUUGAAAAUGUAACAUUUUUCUACUUAUCAUUCAAAUUAGAGGUACAGAUUCUAUUGACUCUGAUUUCACUCCAUAAAGGGUUCGGUAAGAAGAUUAGAGAAUCAAAAUCAUCGGUCCCUGGACAUUAAAUGACAUUUGCUAUAUGACCAUAACUGACCUGUAACAUCAUGUUCCACUUUGUGAAGUGAAAUUAAUCAUUUAACAAUUAUAUAACAUCAGAGGAAUCAUAAAGGUAACUGUGAGGAUGUUAGACUGUUUCAGACUCUUUGACUUAGAGACACAAUUUAACAUUGUGAAGGUUCACAAAAAGGUGCAGAUCUGAGCAGAGGGUAGAAAUUCCAGCUCCUUCUAAGUUAAUUUAAAAGAAUCCUAACAAAUUCCGUUCAGCUCAGGUCAUAUAAAUCAUAGAAGGCUUUUAGACUGAAAUCAGAGUGAGCAGUAGCUGAUCCUGAAUACAUGUUAGACAAUUGAAAGUGUUACAAAAUUAGAAAAUAUUAAAUAUUAACUAAAGAAGAGGUUAUUUGCAGGUAAGAACAAUUUCAACAUUUUCUUCAGUCUAAUGAAAUGAAAGUCUGUGCUGUGUUUGUGUUUUUUGUGUGAAUGUUGAUCUUGUUUGUGUGCGCUCUCUUUAAAGCAACGUCAACCUCACAAACAACAUCAGGAUGCUGUUAUUCAUCAUGAUUAUUUAUAACAUAACAAUAAUUACUCAGUCUCUCUCAUGCACUCAUACACAGUUUCUCUGAAUGAAUAAUUGGUGCUAUGGUAUAAAAUGUUUCUGUGUGUUUCUCUCAGUGGAUGUGACUCUGGAUCCUGAUACAGCUCAUCCUGAACUCACUGUGUCUGAUGAUGGAAAACAAGUGACACAUGGAGACACAUGACAGGAUCUCCCUGAUACACCACAGAGAUUUAAUUAUCUCUGUGUUCUGGGAAAGCAGAGUUAGGAAAGGAGAUUUUAUUUUGAGGUGCAGGUCAGAGAGAAAUCUGCAUGGACAUUAGGAGUUGUAAGAGAGAACAUUAACAGGAAGGAGUGGAUUCCACGGAGUCCUCAGACUGGAUUCUGGACUGUGGGACUGAGGAAUGAGAAUGAGUAUAAGGCUUAUGCUGAUACUGAUGUUCCCCUCACACUGAGAGAGAAGGUGGAGGUGGUGGGGGUAUUUGUGGAUUAUGAGGAGGGUCUGGUCUCCUUUUAUGAUGUGAAGUCCAGCUCUUAUAUCUACUCUUUCACUGCUCAGUCUUUCGCUGAGAAACUUUAUCCAUACUUCAAUCCUUGGUAUAGUGAAAAUGGUAAUUCAGCACCACUGAUCAUCUCUGCUGUUACUGAAUAAAUAUCUGAUUUAUAUUUUUUAACAUUUUGAACUUUUGUAAAUAAUUAUUAUUAUUAUUAUUAUUAAUGGAUUUAUUCAACUCUAGACAUUUAGGAAUUUUAUAAAGACGCAUGAAUGUUACUGGAUUAUUUAGAGCUUAUGUGCUGUUAAUAUGAUUCCUGUCAUUAAAGCUGCCAUCUGUGCUACUUUCUAGCUCUCACUUGAGUUGAAUUUAGAGUGUUAACUAACAUUUUCUCCACCACUAAAAAUCACCACUUAUUGUAGUUGAGAAUCUGACACCUUGCCAGGUGUAUAUCUGUUAAUGAGGUGAGUUUUCAGGUUAGGAUGCUAUUUAAUGCUGUUUAUUUUCUCCAGAACAUGAUGUCAGUUCUUAGUAAAUGUUGUUAAUAUUUGGUAAAUGAUCAGUAAGGUUUGUUUUGUGAUUAGAUGUGGGGAUUAGACCUGCAUCUCUCCACAGACCUGCAGUUUUAAUCUCAGCUGAAGGUAUGGAGCAUUCACUAACAUGGCAGUAGUUAGUAACUGUGACUAAUGUGGCAUUUACAGAUUUGUUCUAUUUCCGGAUG